AUGGAGGUAGCACAAUGUCAGCAACCUGUGAGCAGCGGGAACUCCAUCGAACUCGAAAGCCGACCUGGCACAUCCUCUGGCGACUCGAUUGACAUUGCACUCUCACCCAGUCAAGUCCAAGAUGCUCUGCCACCCACAGACGAAGGUCGAAACGCGUGGAUGGCACUAUUCGGUUCCUUUUUGAGCAACGCGACGAUCUGGGGCUUUGCUUUGUCCUAUGGUGUCUUGCAAGAAUACUACACUACCAACGAGCCAUUCGCAUCGAAACCAGGAGGUAUCGCUGCUAUUGGAACAACAUCCACGGGAAUUAUGUAUCUGACGAUGCCGGUAUUCUUGGGUGCCUUCCAGAAAUGGCCACGGGCGCGGCAGUAUUCACUCUGGGCGAGCCUCCCACUCGUAGCAGUUGCUUUAAUUGGAGCUUCCUUUUCGAACACUGUUCCGCAGCUUAUUGUAUGCCAAGGUAUAAUAUAUGCUUUUGCUGGAAAUGCGCUGGUCAUGCCAACACUGAACUACGUCAACGAGUGGUUCGUGCGGAAGAAAGGUCUUGCGCUGGGCAUUUCUAUUGCUGGAGACGGCGUAGGCGGUGUGGUGAUGCCGUUGCUGUUACAGGCUAUGCUUUCUGCAGUCGGCUUUCGAUGGACACUACGCAUCGUUGCGGCCAUCAUAUGCAUAUUGUCCGCGCCGCUCAUUGUCAUUCUGAAGCCCCGUCUUCCAAUUUCUGCGACCCAUGUGGCACCUCCUGUGCAGACAUCAUUCCUGCGACACCGCCUCUUCUGGGUCUUGCAACUUUUCAAUGGCAUCCAAGCACUAGGAUAUUUCUUGCCAAUGAACUAUCUUCCUACAAUUGCCGAAGAAUUCGGCAUAGGCCGCACGCUGGGGUCCUUGACCGUCGUCCUGAUCAACGUCGGAGCAGUGAUCGGCUGCGUUGCCGUCGGCGCACUCGUCGACAGGUUCAACACAAUGACAGUCAUGCUCGCUGUGAGCGCUGUCGCUGGUGUGUCAGUACUGAUAAUCCUGGGCUUCACCGUUGCAGUGCCUCCGCUCUUCAUCUUCUCCGUCGUGUACGGAUUGACUGCAUCAGCGUAUUCCUCGCACUGGGGUGGACUGAUCCGAGAAGUGCAGAAGAAGCACGAGGGCACAGAUGCAAACCUCAUAUUCGGUCUCUUGGCUGCUGGUCGAGGUGUAGGAUCCAUUAUUUCCGGGCCCCUUUCUGGGUCGCUACUGAAAGAUGGCCGCAGCUGGAACGACAAUGCAGCAUCUGCUUAUAGCAGCGAGUAUGGCACAAUCAUUAUCUUUUCUGGUUGUACUGCACUACUUGGAGGCGGCAGCUGGUUUAUGAGGAAGGCUGGCAUCAUCUGA